UUCUGUUGAUGUGGUAGGUGAAUUCCAAGGAUUGGGUAGUAGACCUCAGCCGAUCUAUUUUGGAGAAUCUUGAACUCAGAAGUCUUCAGAAAUUGGAGAAGAGCUGUUGUUGCAGAUUUUCUCCUUGUAUUUGGUUGCUUGAUUUUGUCAGUGUUUUCUACUAUCCCUGAGCACACAAAAUUGGCUUCAAGUUGCCUCUUAAUCCUGGAGUUCGUGAUGAUCGUUGUCUUUGGCUUGGAGUUCAUCAUUAGAAUCUGGUCUGCAGGCUGCUGCUGUCGUUAUAGAGGAUGGCAAGGAAGACUGAGGUUUGCUCGAAAGCCUUUCUGUGUUAUAGAUACCAUUGUUCUUAUCGCUUCAAUAGCAGUUGUUUCUGCAAAAACUCAGGGUAAUAUUUUUGCCACAUCAGCGCUCAGAAGUCUCCGGUUCCUGCAGAUCCUGCGUAUGGUGCGCAUGGACAGGAGGGGAGGCACCUGGAAGUUGCUGGGCUCCGUGGUUUAUGCUCACAGCAAGGAAUUAAUCACAGCUUGGUACAUAGGAUUUCUGGUUCUUAUUUUUUCAUCUUUCCUUGUCUAUCUGGUGGAAAAGGAUGCCAACAAAGAGUUCUCUACAUAUGCAGAUGCUCUCUGGUGGGGCACAAUUACACUGACAACCAUUGGCUAUGGAGACAAAACACCACUAACUUGGCUGGGAAGAUUGCUCUCUGCAGGCUUCGCACUCCUUGGCAUUUCUUUCUUUGCACUUCCUGCUGGCAUUCUUGGCUCAGGUUUUGCAUUAAAAGUACAGGAACAGCACCGCCAGAAACACUUUGAGAAAAGAAGAAACCCAGCUGCCAACCUCAUCCAGUGUGUUUGGCGUAGCUAUGCAGCUGAUGAGAAGUCUGUUUCCAUUGCAACCUGGAAGCCACAUCUGAAGGCCUUGCACACCUGCAGCCCUACCAAUCAGAAGCUGAGUUUUAAGGAGAGAGUGCGCAUGGCUAGCCCGAGGGGCCAGAGCAUUAAGAGCAGACAAGCAUCAGUAGGUGACAGGAGGUCCCCGAGCACUGACAUCACUGCUGAGGGCAGCCCCACCAAAGUGCAGAAGAGCUGGAGCUUCAACGACCGAACCCGCUUCAGGCCCUCACUACGCCUCAAGAGUUCACAGCCAAAGCCAGUGAUAGACGCCGACACAGCCCUUGGCACUGACGAUGUAUAUGAUGAGAAAGGGUGCCAGUGUGACGUGUCUGUGGAGGAUCUCACCCCACCACUUAAAACUGUCAUUCGAGCCAUCAGAAUUAUGAAAUUUCACGUGGCAAAACGGAAGUUUAAGGAAACAUUGCGCCCGUAUGAUGUAAAAGAUGUCAUUGAACAAUAUUCUGCUGGUCAUCUGGACAUGCUGUGUAGAAUUAAAAGCCUUCAAACACGUGUUGAUCAAAUCCUUGGAAAGGGGCAAAUCACGUCAGAUAAAAAGAGCCGAGAGAAAAUAACAGCAGAACACGAGACAACGGAUGACGUCAGCAUGCUCGGCCGGGUUGUCAAGGUUGAAAAGCAGGUCCAGUCCAUUGAAUCCAAGUUGGAUUGUCUGCUGGACAUCUACCAACAGGUCCUUCGUAAAGGCUCUGCCUCCGCCCUCACUUUGGCAUCAUUCCAGAUCCCACCUUUUGAAUGUGAACAGACAUCUGACUAUCAAAGUCCUGUGGAUAGCAAAGACCUGUCGAGUUCCGCACAAAACAGCGGCUGCUUAACAAGGUCAGCCAGUGCCAACAUCUCAAGAGGCCUGCAGUUCAUUUUAACACCAAAUGAGUUCAGUGCUCAGACUUUCUAUGCGCUUAGUCCUACUAUGCACAGCCAAGCAACACAGGUGCCAAUGAGUCAAAACGAUGGCUCCUCCAUGGCGGCCACCAAUAACAUUGCAAACCAAAUAAGUGCAGCACCCAAGCCAGCAGCCCCAACAACUUUACAGAUCCCACCCCCUCUCCCAGCCAUCAAGCACCUGUCCAGACCGGAGACUCUGCACCCAAACCCCACUGGCUUACAAGAAAGUAUUUCUGAUGUCACCACCUGCCUUGUUGCCUCCAAGGAAAACGUUCAGUUUGCACAGUCAAAUCUGACCAAGGAUCGUUCCCUGAGGAAAAGUUUUGACAUGGGAGGAGAAACUCUGUUGUCUGUGCGCCCCAUGGUACCCAAGGACUUGGGUAAAUCUUUGUCUGUCCAAAACCUGAUCAGAUCGACAGAGGAACUGAACUUGCAGUUUUCAGGCAGUGAGUCAAGUGGCUCCAGAGGCAGCCAAGAUUUUUACCCCAAGUGGAGAGAAUCCAAAUUGUUUAUAACUGAUGAAGAACUGGGUGCCGAGGAGGCAGAAACAGAUACUUUUGAUGUCACCCCACAGCCUGCCGGGGAAGCUGCUUUUACAUCUGACUCUUUAAGGACUGGAAGGUCGAGGUCAUCUCAGAACAUUUGUAAGACAGGAGACAGUACAGAAGCCCUCAGUCUGCCUCAUGUCAAACUGAACUAAGUUCUUUGUUUUCUUUCUAGGCAUAGCUGUUCUUUUAGCCAUACAUAUCACUGCAUGAACUAUUCUGAAAGCCCUUCUAAAAAGUCGAAAUCGCAAGAACCAGGAAGAACAUGAACGGCCACUUAUAAGCCCGUUAUCUUUUAAUUGCAUGAAAAUGCAUGUUUGGGGAUGGCAGAAAUUCCAAGGUGCAUCGACAUUAACCCAUGCAUUUAGUAAUGUACCUUGAGUCUAAAAUCCCAAGCAAACAGUUGCUGCUGAUGCUAUGGGGUGUGCGAAGAUGUCAGGAGUAGUUCAAUUGCAAGAGUUGAUGCUGUAUUUUGAAAUGGUGACAGUGAACACCUUCAAAUUUCAGGCAUUUCUGCUUUUAUGACUAGAUACAAAGUACACUUUCAAAAUUAGACCAUAACGUAUGUUUAGACACAAUGGCUAGCAACAGCUGCUAAUAACACAAGUAAAGCAGAAUUUGGAAUAUAACAGAAAUGGCUGCUUAUUUCAAGAUAUCUUUGCCAACCCAUUCCUCCUCAGUCAUUUUAUUAAUGUAAUUUGAAUGUCAAUCUGUGUGCUUUUGGUGACUUAGCGCUGUGGCAAGCAACUUUGCACAUUGUUGUCAUGUUGUCCUUUAUGCUGAGAAUGUUUUCUAAUUAGAAAACGGGCAGAUACUGCUAUUCAGGGCCAGUGGGGCAGGAGACUCACUCUUCCCUUGACAUCUUCACCUUCAUGAGAAUAGUCUCCGAGGGAGGAGUCAACUCUAUAAAUGGUCAAAAUCUUUACAAGCAUGUGAGCUACCGAUGGGUUUAACAGCCUGUGCUGGUGGACUGGUCUCUCUUUGAGAACACAGUGACGGGUUUGCCCAUCCUGCCCACUCAAAUGGCCAGUGUGACCAGCUGUUCCCAUUUAGUGGACAUGCAGGGAGGGCCCAGGGAAGGGAAUAUCUACAUGAGGCUGAGGAGGGAAGACUGGGAAAGACUAUACAAGCAUUAUCACAAGUGGGUGACAUUAAAGGAAAUGACUCCCCACCCCCAAAGGGCAGUGAGGAGAGAAGCCAAAAUGAGAUAACUAGAUUUUUUUAGAAAAUAAAUAUUGCUAGGAAGUUCAACUACCUAAACAUCCCUUAUUCUUGUAUAACAGAGAAUUUUGCAAGCUAUUUAUUUUUAAUAAGCCCUGAAUGUCUUUUUGCUAUUAUGUAGUACCUUUUGCACAUGAAAGACUAAAGCUAAACUUCCUUUACUUUUAUACUAUAGUGAACAUUUUUCUAUUCUUCCCAACAAUAUUAUCCCAAAUGUGAAAUUAUUGGCUCAGUUUCCAGGUUAUGAACAUUUAUAAUUACAAACCAGAUAGCAUUGGCUGUGUCUGCAGAUCAAAACCCCUUAGCAAUAUAUUGUGACAGCAAAGCAACAAAUAAAAAAAAUAUGUAUUCAAAAUGUAUUUCUCAAAAGGCAAGCAAUAUUGGCCGCUUUUUAGAAUUCAGCCAAGCACCUGUAAUCACAGCACUGGCAGACUGAGACAGGCAAACUUGAGUUCAAAGCUAGCCUGAAUUAUACAGCAAGAGAGUGUCUCAGAAACAGAAAGAACUAAAUAUCUUAGACCAUCAGGUAUUGACCAAAGUAAUAACAUUCAAAUAGGCUUAGUGGGCCUAGCUUGUGUGCAUACCUGUAAUCCCAUUAUUUGAGAGGUUGAGGCAGGUGUCAAAAAAAAUCAAAAAAAUUAAAAAGGAGGGAGGGAAGAAAGAAAGAAAGAAAGAAAGAAAGAAAGAAAGAAAGAAAGAAAGAAAGAUCUGAGAGAAGUUGGUUAGACACGAAUGACCGAAGAAUUCAUGGAGGAAGACAUUUUUCUUACCAACUAUUAGUGCUGGGCGGGGAGUGGGGGCGGGGCUUUUAUCAGCAUCAGGGCCAAAUGAGCAGGAUCUAGGGAUAUCAGGAGGCUGUUCAAAGAAAGGACACCUCCAAAUCCACCAGCCCCUCCCAAGUCUUUCCCCAGCAGAAUGUUCUUGUCACUGAGUCGCCCUUACUUCUCUUCACCUUUAACUGUUUGGUGAUUUCUCACCACAAUUUGCUUUAGAACUUCAGACCUUAACCAGCUGUCACCCUCAAGUGAAUCAAUUCUCUCUUCCUCAAAUGCUUCCCAACCUCACUUUUGGCCAACAGUGAAAUGUUUAAAAGUCUUCCUAAUUUUCACCCCUCUAGGCUUUGUGCAGGGUGUGGUGGUGCACACCUUUAAUCCCAGGGCUUGAGAGGCAGAGGCAGAGAGAUCUUUGUGAAUUCAAGGCCAGCCAGGGCUACAUAGAGAGACCAUAUCUCAAGAAAGAAAGAAAAGAGAGAGGGGGAGGAAGGAAGGAAGGAAGGAAGGAAGGAAGGAAGAAAGAAAGAAAGAAAGAAAGAAAGAAAGAAAGAAAGAAAGAAAGAAAGAAAGUUGCUUGGAAUCGGAUACAGUCUCCUGGAGUAUAGCAUUCAGGAUCUUUUGGCCCAUGAAAACACUUAUAAAGUCCGAGUUUUACACUCUAUUGAAAAGAAUGUCAAGUCUUUUAAGCUAUUCUUUUCAUUUUCCAAAUAGAAUGCUACUCAAUUACUAAUGUGAGUUUUCAUUUCCCAAUGUCUCCAACCAACCUGAGGUAAUGAUGUACCCCGCAAAGGACUUACCCAUAGGUGUAUAAAAAGCACAUCCCUCCACUGGGCAAGAGCCAGAGAUACCUGCCUGGCACUCAACAAGGUUCACUGCAAAUAAUGGCUGAGGAAGAGGAAGGAGCUGACAGCUUCCAGACAGCACUGAUACUGUCUCAGGUUGAACCCCACUGGCAGCAAGAAUUAUGAAUGUAUUGGGGACCCCUUCUUAGGCAUCCUCAGGUCUCAAACACAGUACAGUUCAUCUACCAUAGAUGAAGACUGAAGAAUUAGAGACAACGCCAAAACACAUCACGGCAGUCUUAAGCAAAAUGUGAAAAACUACAUUUUGAAAAAUGAUUGUACAUUGAAGCCAUGACGAUUUUGUGUCUAUUUUAUUCUAGCACAAAACUCUUGGACGUUGCAAGAUAGGUUUCUUGGCGUGUAAACUUCAGGGUUAUAUCUAUUAUGCCAUUCUCUGGGGGAAUGGAGGAGGGGGUCUCCCAUUUACACUUAGCAGAGGCCCAUUGCUCCACCCCAAAGGGUAUCUGGGAGCACAGUUCAGAUGAGCACACUAGUAGCCUUGUGCUUUCUCAACUCAAGCCCGUCUGCCUUCUGCAAUGCACAGGGUUGAUCAAGCUAAGAUGUACAGCAGUCAUCCCUUGUAGGAGGUUAACUGAAAACUGUUGCCAUGUCUAAUCUAAGUGUUUGCAUUUUGUUCAACCAAAUUAAUAUCUGUGGAUGUCAAGGUCAUUUAAAUUAAGAUGCUUUACUGGGUUUUCUGAUUCUCUAAUGAUUUCUUGUCCUUAGGUGCCUUUCUGAACUCUUGUUGGCUCAGUUUUGUCCGGAAGGCUCUUAAUCUGAAAGUCAAACAAGUCUAAUAGAGGAGUCGAGGCACAAACUAACUAAAUAUCAUACCCAUUUCCAGAUCAAAACCAUAAGUGAUGAAACCCAGACAAACAGCUCAUUCAAUCAGAUCAAGGAAAUAUCAUAAAUGAUAAUUCCCCAGAACCUGACUUUUUUUUUGCCUUAAAUGACAUGGUUGUGUUUUGUAAGAAAAUUUAAUUUAAUAUAAUUAUGUGCAUUUAAGUGAGCAGUUCUAAAGUCAUGUAGAAAAACAACACAAUUGUCUGUUUCCUGAAACAACUAAAUCGGGAAUACCAUACCCAUUUCAAGCUAUCGUUAAAAUGUAAUUUCCUUUGCUCUCUUUUACUGAGAUAUUUGUUUUAAACUAAAACAUUAAAAAGAUAUCUAUAAACAUUGA